GCCAACCUCACGCCGCCAUUCUCCCUGCAAUGAUCAUGGCUAAUACGGUUUUCUCUCUUCCCCUUCACCGUCCCUCGACGACCACUUUCCCCGACUUUCUCCCACCUUAAACCCCCCGACAGCGUCCUCAAGACCGCCCAACACUGUUCAAGAUGCCUAUCCAAGUCUCUCGCAUGACCGAAGCCGACAUCGACGGCGCAAUUGAUACAAUUCAGCAAGCGUUUGCCGAGGACCCCUACAAUCGCUGGGUGUAUCCCGACCGUUCAAAGAUCUCGCUCACGCGCAACCGCGUCUCCCUGACCCUCCGCUGCCGCUGGGGCAUCCAACACGGCCUCUUUCAUGUCGCACGCGACACCUCGAACCCGUCCAAGAUCCUCGGCUGCGCCAUGUGGCUCCCACCCCACCCUCCGUCACAACCCCAGUCCUGGUCACUCUACCUCUCCUUCUGGUGGCUCUGGCUAUCCCAAAUCCGGAUGAACCUGUGGUACGGCCGGGGCGGGCUCUCCACAAAGCGCUACUGGAUAUGGAAGGCGCGGCAAGCCGAGGCGCAGGAAGAGCUCUGGACGAGUGAGAAGGGGUACUAUUUCUGUAAUAUCGUCACGGUGCUGCCGGAGGCGCAGGGCAAGGGUGUGGGGAGGGCGCUGAUGGAGGAGGUGCUCAAGCAGGCGGAUAAGGAGAGCGUGUGGUGUUAUCUGGAGAGUAGCAGGGAGGAGCCGAACGUGGCGAUUUACGAGAAGUUUGGAUUCAAGCUGGUGAGGGAGAUGGAUUGCCGGGAUGGGGAGGGAGAGGACGGGAAGAUUACGCUGUAUUGCAUGAUGAGGGAGCCUAGACCGGUUGGGGACGAGACGGAGCGUGGCGAUAACUAGGCGGGCGAUCCUGUUGAAGGGGCAGUGUCGACGUGAGGGGUGGUGACACAGGAUUUCGGCACAUGAUGCGCUUGGGAGGGUGUACAAGGCACUUGCACUACACAGCGGGAUGAAUAACUUGCAUCAAUUAGAGACGGUGGUAUCUCAUGGGUAGCCCAAGCACUCUAAAGUCUGCUCAUCCCGCAGCACUCAAAUCAACCAAUU